UCUUCGUCGUUUUCUUCAGCAAACUGCUUCUCCUGUCUCUCUACUUUUCCUCGUUGCAUACGCACAAACACAAACUACGGCCAAAAACAAAACUCCCUCUCUCUUUCUCUCUCUAAAGUUGCAGUUUCUUUCUCUUCUUUUUCUGCUUGCUGAAUGGCUGGUUGUCGCAAGCUGCAACAAUGAAGAUUACCGGGAAACCGCAUUCCACGCCGACAUUUCCGGGCGCCUAUAUUGCUUCUAAAGCUCGGAACCCGCAGCCUCAUCCAGAUCUCAAAACCGCUCUCAAGCCUCGACGUAGGACCCGCAAUCCUAGUCUUAUCCGAUCGAAGAGAACCAGAACUCCAGUUGGGAGACGGAGCCGACCAGAGACGCCUUUUCUAAAAUGGAAGAUCGAAGAUAGAGAGAGAAAGCUUAGACUUGAUGACUAUGACGACGAGCUGGAGGAGAAGCUCGAGACUGGUGCCCGUAAAGGUCGCCGGAAAAUCUCGAGGGCGGUGUCUGCGAGGAAGCUGGCAGCUGGAUUGUGGCGCUUACAGCCGCCGGAGACUAUGAACGCAGGCGUCGGUGAGAGGAGGAGGGAUCGAUCAGGGUUUCAGCCUGGUGGUGGUCACAUGGGCAUCUCAUUUAUACCUCAUCAAAGCGAGGAAGUAAAUGAUUCUGAAAUACAAGAUCCUUUACAAAGUCCAAGUUAUGUAUCUGGUUUAAAGAAUAGAUUCUUGUGUAAGCUUGAACCUUCGUUCCAGUUUUCCAACUCAGCAAUGGAGAGCGCAACUAAGUGGGACCCUGUCUGCUUGGAAACAUUAGAUGAGGCUCGCCAGAUUUAUAGCCACAUGAAGCAUCUUGAUCAACAAGUAAGUGCUGUAUCAGUGGUUUCUGCACUUGAAGUGGAGCUAGAGCAGGCCCGAAGACGCAUUCAGGAGCUAGAGGCUGAGCGCCAGUCCUCAAAAAAGAAACUGGAGCACUUCUUGAAGAAAGUCACUGAAGAAAAAGCUGCAUGGAGGAGCAGAGAGCAUGAGAAAAUUCGUGCAUUUAUCGGUGAUAUUAAAGCUGAUUUGAACCGUGAAAGGAAAAAUCGCCAACGGUUGGAAAUUAUUAAUUCCAAAUUGGUUAAUGAGAUGGCUGAUGUGAAGGUUUCAGUAAAGCGACUUAUGCUGGAUUAUGAAAAAGAGAGAAAAUCCAGAGAAUUGGUUGAGGAAGUGUGUGAUGAGCUUGCUAAGGAAAUUGGAGAGGACAAGGCUGAAGUUGAAGAAUUAAAGAGGGAGUCAUUGAAACUGCGGGAAGAAGUGGAUGAGGAAAGGAAGAUGUUGCAGAUGGCUGAGGUGUGGCGUGAAGAACGCGUUCAAAUGAAGCUGAUUGAUGCAAAGGUGGCAAUUGAAGAGAAGUAUUCUCAUAUGAACAAGCUUGUUGCAGAUUUAGAAAAUUUUCUAAGAUCCAGAAGUGCAGCCUCAGAUUUGAAGGAAAUGAGAGAAGCAGAAUCGCUUGUACAUGCUGCUGCGGCUGUGAGUAUUCAGGACAUAAAGGACUUCAAAUAUGUGCCGCCUAAUCCAGAUGAUAUUUUCUCUGUUUUUGAAGAAGUUAAUUCUGGUGAACCUAAUGAGAGGGAGAUUGAGCAAUGCGUUGCUUACAGUCCUGCCAGUCAUGCCUCAAAAAUUCAUACCGUGAGUCCUGAAGUGAACAUCAUGAACAAGGAUGGCAGCCAUAGGCAUUCUGAUGCAUAUCUUGAUCAGAAUGGUGAUGUAGAAGAUGAUGAGAGUGGGUGGGAAACUGUGAGCCAUCUUGAGGACCAAGGCUCAAGCUAUUCACCAGAAGGGAGUUUCCCAUCAGUGAACAAGAAUUGCAGGGACAGCAAUGUCUCAGGGAGUGGAACAGAAUGGGAAGAAAAAGCAUUUGAUGAAACCCCAAUUAGUGAAAUCAGCGAACUCUGUUCUGUGCCAACAAGACAGCUGAAGAAGGUUUCAUCCAUUGUGAAGCUUUGGAGAUCGUACCCAAACAAUGGGGAUAACUACAAAAUAAUAGCAGUAGACGGAAUGAACAGUAGGCUUUCAAACGGAAGGAAAUCUAAUGGAGGCAUUGUGUCUCCAGAUAGAGGGUCUGGUAAAGGUGAACUCAGCCCGGAUUUAGUCGGGCAAUGGAGUUCACCCGACUCAGGUAACCCUCACAUAACUCGAGGAAUGAAAGGUUGUAUCGAAUGGCCACGUGGAAUGCAUAAGAACAGCUUGAAGGCAAAGCUUAUGGAGGCAAGGAUGGAGAGCCAGAAAGUCCAAUUGCGCCAUGUUCUUAAACAGAAGAUCUAGUUGUAGCGAUGGAAAUGGUGUCUAUGAAAAUUGCAGAGAAAGCCAGAUGGAAAUAAGUAGUCAUAUCUGACCAUGCAGGGUAGCCCCUUUUUUUUCGAUGUAAAUGCUCUAAAAGGAUAAAAAUUGUAUCAUCAGUUUCAUGGACAAAAGCCCCAUUUGGCAUACAUGUAAUGCAUUUAGAGGAGAUUGCACUAAGAUGUCUGCAGAAUGUCCAUUUAAUUUGACUACUUGUAUUUUCCUUUCUGAUAAAUUCAAUUUUUAUUAGGUAUA